UUCACGUAUUACCGACUGGAAACGAACUUCACCACGCCGAACUCUGACAUUUCUCCGGUUUUCGCGGUGUUAAUGAACUUUUAGAGAUUCCUGUCCGGAGAAAACCAAGGCUUUCAGCUACGAGACCGACCUCUUGCCACCAUGGCUGCCGCGUCGCUCAGCUGGUCGAACCGCGUGCUUUCAGGCCCCGCUUCACGAGAAUCUGUGUCCCUCGCGUCUCACAAGUUUCGCAGCAAGAACGUAGCAUCGAGUCGCGUGGUUCCCGUUCAUUCACGCAACGCUAGAAGGAGGUCCGUACUGAAAGUCGAAGCGCGUGCCAUUCUAGACUUCUUCACGAAGCGAGGCGCCCCGCAAAGCGAUUCGGGGGAGUUUCGAGAAGGAUGGGCCUAUGCUCCGUGGGAAAGGGUGCGGCUCGGGCCCUUCACGGUGUCCCCUAUGGGCCUGGGAACCUGGGCGUGGGGGAAUAAGUUCCUGUGGGGCUACGAGGAGGCGAUGGAUGAGGAGCUUAAGGAGGUAUUCGACCUCGUCGUGUCGCGCGGGAUUAACAUCUUCGACACCGCUGACUCGUACGGCACUGGCGCUCUUAGCGGCCGCAGCGAGCAGCUGCUGGGACAAUUCAUUAAAGAGUACCCCGGAAGUGACAAGUACCGCAGCGACAUCCGCUUUGCCACCAAGCUGGCUGCGUAUCCCUGGCGCCUCACACCCGGGCAGAUGGUGGGCGCCUGCAGGGCCUCCUUGGAUCGCCUGGGCAUGGAGAAGCUAGCGAUCGGGCAGCUGCACUGGUCCACGGCCAACUACGCACCGCUGCAGGAGAGGGUGCUGUGGGAUGGGCUCGUGGCCAUGUAUGAGGAGGGUCUAGUGGAGUGUGUGGGAGUGAGCAACUACGGCCCCCAGCAGCUGGAGCGAAUCUACACGUACCUGCAGGAACGGGGAGUGCCCCUAGCUUCGGCACAGGUGCAAUUCUCCCUGCUGAGCUCGGGCCCAGAGCAGGAGGACCUGCUGUCGUUUUGUGAUGCCAAUGGCAUCCGCGUUAUAGCAUACUCCCCUCUUGCUCUCGGCGUGCUGUCAGGGAAAUACAACGCUGACAACCUGCCGCAAGGCCCAAGGGGUCUUCUGUUUCGGCAGCUGCUGCCCGGCCUGGACCCUCUGCUCGCCGUCAUGGCGGAAAUCGGGCAGAAGCGAAACAAAUCCCUGACCCAGGUGGCAAUCAACUGGUGCAUGGCAAAGGGCACUAUUCCCAUCCCAGGAGCCAAGACCCUCCAGCAAGCGGAGGAGAGUCUUGGGGCGCUUGGCUGGCGGCUGUCAGGCAAUGAGGUCGCAGCUUUGGACGAUGCUGCUGCUGAGGUGCCUCGGCCGAUGAUCCAAAAUAUCUUCCAAACCAAGUGAUGUUUGGGUUGCUUGGUGAAUGUCUUACACUAGUGGGUUGGCAUAUAUUACUGUGGGUUGCAGUUCUUGACGACCCUGCUGCUGAGAUGCCUGCCUGGCCAAUGAUUCAAACAUCUUCUAAGCCAAGUGGCUUGCUGGUUGUGCUGUGAAUGUUUCAGGCUAGUAUAAUAAAAUAUCAGUG